CCAGCAGGUCAAAUGGCAGUUUGGACGGUGGGGCUUGUGAUCCUCGGCUUGGCGGCCUGGUGGCUUGGGAGACGUCAGCGCAUCGUGGGUAGCCAGGGGUGGUGGCCGUGGACCACGGAGAAGGAAGUGGAGGAGCACAGCCCGAGGGGGGAAGAUAGCAAGGGGUCUCCUGUCGGGGACUGCCAGCUGAUCUUCACGCCCUCUGCUCUGGCCCGGGUUUUGCUCGAGAACCUCAGCGGGUCUGCCAGUCUGGAGGCCCGACGGUGGUCCUGGAAGACGUGGCCAUACUUGCAGACCAUCAGGCAGCUCCUGUGCGCCCCGGACCACCCCCUGGAGUUGGCCAGAGACCAUCUCCAAGUAGCAGACAAUGGCCUCAUCGCCUUGGACUGGGUCGUAGGGCCACGGAACAGCAGUGAAAAAGGGUCCAAUGCGUCAGAGUCCGCGGUGCUCCUGGUCGUGCCGAAUGUCACAGGGAAGAUCACCAGAAAUGUCUGCCAACUGUGCCAGCUGGCCCUUGAAAAGGGCUACUACCCGGUCAUCUUCAACAGGCGCGGGCACAACGGCUGCCCACUGACCAGCGUGAGGCUGCAGCCCUUCGGUGACCCGUCGGACCUGAAGGAAGCGGUGGCGUACAUCCGCUUCCGGCAUCCGACCGCUUUGCUCUUUGCCAUGAGCGAAGGCUCCGGCUCAGGCUUGCUGCUCUCCUACCUGGGCGAAGGCGGUUCAUCCUGCGAUCUCCACGGAGUGGCCUGCGUCUCCCCCUUGCUCAAGGGCCAGGACUGGUUUGAAGCUGGCAGCCCUUGGUUGUACAAAUGGGCUCUGCUCCUCUACCAGAAGAGAGUCGUCAGCAGGUAUGCCAAGGCCUUGAGGGAGGUGGUGGAGAUGGAACGGGUGCUUGGCAGCCACUCCCUGCAGGAGUUCGAAGAAGCCCUCUUCUGCCACAGGAAGAGCCAGCCUGUGACGUGGGACGCUUACUGGGGCUGCAAUGAACCCCCGCGGGAUGCCGACGAUGUGGCAGUGCCGGUGUUGUGCAUCUGCAGUGCGGAUGAUCCCAUCCGGGGGCCCCCUGGCAGGACCCUCCCGUGGGACCUCUUUCACACCAACCCUCAUUUCUUUCUGCUCUUGGCACCACAUGGGGGGCACUGUGGCUUCCUUCAGAAGAGCUCCUCGUCGUCUGCUGCUUCUUGGGGGAACACGGUAGCCCUGGAAUAUCUGGAGGCCUUGGCCAAGUUUUUCCAGGCAGAGGAGGGGAUGAGAGAGAGGCCACGCCGGAGGCGCUCAGUCAUCCUGCAUCAACCUUGCCAGGGUAUUCAUCAAAACAGAGAAACUUUGGCAGCCUCCCUCGAUUUCCAAAGGAGCUUCAGCUGGCAAAGGUCAUAUACUCGCUGAGAGUUGGUGGAAAU